AUGACUCUUCAAACAUCUCCCGAGCGGCGAUACGAUGCCAAUGAAAUAUGUACGCUCAAUCCGAGAAAGGGCGAGCGGAAGUAUAGUAUCUUGAUCGUCAACCCCAACACCUCGACACACAUGACGGAAGCAUUGAAGCCAAUCUUGGCCAGCAUGAACUAUACCGAUGUGCAUUGUGAAUACUUUACUGCCCCAGACGUCCCCGUGGAGGUCAACGGGGUCAAGAUUGAACCAAUUGCCAGCAUCAAUAACGCCGAAGAAUCCUGCCGCUCAGCAUUGAACUGUUGGUCUGUAAGGGACCUGGUCCCAUACUACGAUGCCUUCUUGGUAGCAUGCUUUUCUGCACACCCAUUUGUCGGCCAGCUGAGACAAGAUAUUGAAUCGGCGGAAGAGAACAGUCCUACAACGCGAAACAAAUAUGUCACCGGAAUCUUUGAAGCUUCCAUCACCGCAGCCCUUUCCUUGGUUAGUGGAUUCGCAUUAGAAAGCUCAUUCAAUCCCGCAGAAAAAUUGCACAAACACCAAGAACAGGGGAGCUUUGGCAUUGUCACAACCGGCGCCGCCUGGAAAGAUGAGCUCAUCCACGGCGUGCAGGGCGCACUAGGAUACGGGAAUCAGGGGGAGAGCUCGACGCACUUUGCUGGUGUUGAAACCACCGGCCUGACAGCCGUUGAAUUACACACCACAGCCCCAGAGGAAGUACGCCAGAGAAUAAUCGAGGCCACUCGCAAUCUACUUCGGAACUCUAAGACUCGUGUCAAGGUUGUUUGUCUGGGCUGUGCUGGCAUGGCAGGCAUGGAAGAAGCUGUGCGAGAGGGAUGCGACGAUGUCGGCCAAAAAGUUCCCCGCGCCAACGCGCGAUACGCGUUGAGAGCUGCAACACCCGACGGCUUUUGCGCACGAAAGAUGCCAAGAGAAAUCAUCACAAUCCAAGCCGGCCAGUGCGGCAACAACGUCGGUAGCCAGUUCUGGCAGCAGCUGUGCCAGGAGCAUGGAAUCAGCGCAGACGGAAACUUAGCGGAUUUUGCGACGGAAGGUGGUGAUCGCAAGGAUGUUUUCUUCUACCAGAGUGACGACACGCGAUACAUUCCCCGAGCGAUUCUCCUCGAUCUAGAACCCAGAGUACUCAAUGGCAUCCAAACCGGACCCUACAAGAACAUCUACAACCCCGAGAACUUCUUCAUCGGGCAGCAAGGUAUCGGAGCUGGAAACAACUGGGGAGCUGGAUAUGCAGCUGGCGAGGGUAUAUCAGAGGAGAUUUUCGACAUGAUCGACCGAGAAGCAGACGGAAGUGACUCACUAGAAGGUUUCAUGCUUCUUCACUCGAUCGCCGGAGGUACAGGUUCAGGACUGGGCAGUUUCAUUCUGGAGCGCAUGAACGAUCGUUUCCCCAAGAAGCUCAUCCAAACCUACUCCGUCUUCCCCGAUACGCAAAACCCCGAUGUUGUCGUCAGUCCUUACAACAGCUUGCUCGCCAUGCGACGAUUGACGCAAGAUGCUGACUCUGUGGUUGUCCUGGACAAUGGCGCUCUAUCACGAAUCGUUGCUGACCGACUUCACGUGCAAGAGCCUUCAUUCCACCAAACCAAUCAGCUGGUGUCGACAGUGAUGUCUGCAUCUACUACCACCCUACGAUACCCCGGAUACAUGCACAAUGACCUUGCUGGAAUCAUUGCCUCGCUUAUCCCAACACCACGCAGCCAUUUCCUUCUCACCUCAUACACCCCUUUCACUGGCGCCAAUAUCGACCAAGCUAGGACGGUACGAAAAACGACCGUCUUGGAUGUGAUGCGUCGUCUUCUACAACCUAAGAACCGAAUGGUAUCCAUCAACCCCAGCAAGUCCAGUUGCUACAUUAGUAUCCUCAACAUUAUCCAAGGUGAAGCCGACCCGACCGACGUGCACAAGUCACUCCUACGCAUUCGAGAACGCCGUCUUGCUUCUUUCAUCCCAUGGGGUCCAGCCAGCAUCCAAGUGGCAUUGACCAAGAAAUCUCCAUAUAUCUCGGAUGCCGGCCACCGCGUCAGUGGCCUAAUGCUAGCCAACCACACGUCCGUGGCAACACUCUUCAAGCGCAUCGUGCACCAAUAUGACCGAUUCCGCAACCGCAAUGCUUUCUUGGAACAAUACAAAAAAGAAGCGCCCUUCUCCGACGGACUUGGCGAGUUUGACGAAGCGCGGGCAGUGGUAAUGGAUCUCAUCGGCGAGUACGAAGCCGCAGAAAAGGAGAAUUACUUAGACCCGGAUGCUGGAAAGGCAAAUGAAACGGGAGCAUGA